AAGGUAAUAUCUAUAUUACAGGGGUUAAUAUGCAAAUUUCCGGAAUCUGCAAUCCACCAAAUCGAAAAGCUGAAGGAAAGCUUGGAAACACUGCCGCCGCGAAUUCGAUCGGCGCUCCUCCUCCCUCCAGCUGCCUUUUCUUUCGCCAAGCUUCGAUCUCCUCGUUGUUUGUUAGUUUUCGACGAUCCGUAUUGCGUUUUUUACUUUCGACGAUCCGUUGGUUUUCGAUUCUGAUUAUCUACGCAUGCGAGAUCGGAUUGUCUAGAUCUUCCUACGGUGUUGUUCGCCCGGAGGAUGGAAUCGACUGAAAAGAAGAGAGGCCGAGUCGCGGUGGUUGUCCUUGGCGACAUUGGUCGAAGCCCCCGCAUGCAGUACCACGCCCUCUCCCUUGCUGAACAGGAAAAUUUACUCGUAGACAUUGUUGCAAAUGGAGGUAGUGAUCCUCAUGUGUCCAUAAGAGAGCACCAUUCAAUUCGUAUUUACCAAAUGGGGUCAGUACACCUCAAAGGGUUAUCAAAGAUAUCAAGUGCAUUGGCACUAGUAGUCAAGGCUGCAAUUCAAUUUGUUAUCCUAGUUUGGUUUCUUUGUGUUAAGAUUGCUCGUCCAGAUGCUUUCAUUGUUCAGAAUCCACCAUCUGUUCCCACACUAGCCGCUGUCAAAUUAUCUAGUUGGCUAAGACGGUCCAAGUUUAUAAUUGAUUGGCACAAUUUUGGAUAUACACUUCUUGGGUUGUCCCAUGGAAGAAAUCAUAUCAUUGUGAAAACCUACCAUUGGUUUGAAAGUUACUUUGGGAGGAUGGCUGAUGGUUCAUUGUGUGUUACAAAGGCAAUGCAGCACGAACUUGCCGAAAAUUGGGAAAUCAAAGCAACAGUUCUUUAUGAUCAGCCCCCUGAGUUCUUCCAUCCUACUUCAAUGAAGGAGAAGCAUGAGUUAUUUUGUAGGUUGAAGAAUGAUAUAUGUCCACCCAAUGGAGCAUUUGAUUGCAUCCACACACGGAAUGAAAAGUCAUUCCGCUUUGAAGCCAGCAAUGAGUUGGAUCAUCCUAGUGAUUCUUUGUUUACUUCUCAAGUGGGCAAUGACAUUUUCUUGAAACCAAACAGGCCUGCCCUUGUCGUCAGUAGCACAAGCUGGACGCCAGAUGAAGAUUUUAGUAUACUUCUACAAGCGGCACUUAUGUAUGAUCGACGUGUUUCUGGGGUCCUGGGUGAGGAUGAUUCAAUUACCGAGGAGAAACUUUGGUUGGAUAUCUGUAAGGGGGAACAACUGUACCCUAGAUUGUUGUUUAUCAUAACCGGUAAGGGGCCAGAAAAAGCAAAAUAUGAACAACAGAUAAAGAAAUUAAAACUUAGGCGCGUGGCCUUCAGAACCAUGUGGCUAUCAGCCGAGGACUAUCCAUUAUUACUCGGCUCUGCGGAUCUAGGUGUAUCGUUGCACACUUCUUCAUCCGGUUUGGACCUUCCCAUGAAGGUUGUUGAUAUGUUUGGAUGUGGGCUGCCCGUAUGUGCGGCUUCAUACUCAUGCAUCAAGGAGCUAGUUAAGGUUGAGAAGAAUGGACUACUGUUUUCUUCGCCAUCUGAACUCGCCGAUGAAUUUAUGAUGCUUUUCAAAGGCUUCCCGGAUAAAUGCGAGUCUCUGAAAUCUUUAAAGGAUGGUGCUUUGGCUAAAAGCUCAAGUUCAAAAUGGUCUACCGAAUGGGAAACUCAUGCGAUGCCACUUAUUUCCGAGAUCAUAUCGUAGAAAACAUCGAAUAUGAUGAUCACGACUGCAUUCGAACUGCUGGCUACGAUGCAGCCACCGUUGUUGCCCAUUCAGUGGGAAUCGUCUCGUUGCAUUUUCGUUAGCAACUAUUUCAAGUGUUUGUGGUGCAACAACUGUAUCUUGACACAAGACUACAAGAGACAAGAACUAGUGAGCUUGUUCUAUUGUUUGUAUUUUUUAGUGCAUAGAAAUGUGAUUUUACGUUUGUUUCUUCUUUUUCAA